AUGGAAGAUACGUGCCAUGUUGUCGGCUUAGCAUAAAUCCAAAUAGUAAUAAUUUCCAAUUGUUCAAUUUAGACUGUGUAUAUAUUUGCUCAGUUGUACACACAAUGGCUUACCGUAUAAAGUAACAUCUAAUUUGGGCGGGUUAUUAGUGUAACAGCAUUUACCUGUGAAAACGGUAAAGUUUAAACGUAAAAUAUGAAAAUAUUUGUGUUAUUAGUUUUCAUUGCAGUUUUAAGUGACCAAAUAUGUGCAUAUCCAGCCGCUGAUGAUGCAGCCAUUAAAGAUGCCGUAAAAGAUGCAAGUACAGCUGCCCCUGAUGUUGUAAAGGAUAAGAAUCCUGUAAAAGGUCAUAGCCCAUCCGUUCCUGGCUUGGAUAAUUUAUCAAAAAUGAGUAAUAUUUUCAAUCCCGCUGAUAUGAUGAGUAAAGGCAAAGAUUUAAUGGAUACAUUAAUGAAACCGAUAAGUUCGCCUCUUAACGGCGUAGUGUCAAUGUUGAAACCACAUGAUCCACCUAGCAGCGAUGCAGUUUCAAAGUCAGCAAGUAAGGCUGAGAGUAAAAAUCCUGCAAUAUCCCUUGGUUCAACUUUGUUUGGAAGUUUCUUCGGUUAAUAACAUGACGACCUUUUGCACCAACAAUUCUAUUGACACUUUAAAUAAACAUAUAAUAAUUAAUAUGUUAUAUGGAUAUAUCCAUUCAUCCAAAUUAGUUUCUUAUUAAUUAUACUCAACACAUGCACUCACAGAGGCAUCUUGGACAGGAUAAUUACAAUCAAAGUUUAUGUAAAUCUUUUUUAUUUUAAUCAAUUUUGUUUUAAAUUCUACUUUUGUUUGUCAAACAAUAUUUUUCACUGGAUUUGGCGCUGCUAAUUAAAAUACAUAUUUCCUAGUUCGGCUACAGAUGCUUCAUUCGUUCACGAUAUUGUUUUAUGGUUUAAAUUAUUGUGGCAAAUAGUUAACAUGUUUUGGAAAAUCAACUAUAAUUAUUUAUUAUUUGGAGCGAAUAAAAAAUAAUAAAAAUCAAAUUAUAUUUUAUGUUAUUUAUAUAAAUAAAUUUUAUAAAUAUA